CAUCAAAUUAUUUUUGUAUCAAAAUUAGUUUUGGGAAACGUACACGUUUGUCUACGUGUUUGUAAAUAUAAAGGAAAGACAGGAAUUUUUGCCAUUAAAAACAACCUCUAGACAAGCAACGUUUAAACUCUGAAAUGGUUUGCAAAAAUGGGCUAAGUUUGCUUCUUGUAGCAGUAGUAUCAUCAAUAUGGGCUGCAGAAGAAUUUCAAGACGCACUGACAUGUACCGAGAUCAAAAGUAUCGUUACUAAAUUCUCGACAUGUUUUGAAUCAGAAAGUCGUAUAAACAUAUAUCGCCACAUUGAUGAUAUAAUCUCUGCCGAUGAUUAUGUUACCUCAGACAACAUACUUUCGGGAAUCAGAAACUUAUGCAGCGACGAAAAUAGGGCGCAAGCUUUUACCAAUUGUAAAGAUACCAUCGUGUCAGAGUGCCCGGAUGUAGAGACAUUCAUAUCAGCAUCUUACAGAGAAAAGUUUGAAUUUCUAUGCGACGGUAACGAACCAUCAGAGUACAUUCAACACGUAUUUUAUGAUGGAUACACAUUUGAUAAAUUCUGUGAUCAACCUAAUACGGAGUUUAUAAAAGUGGUGGAAAAGUGCGAGGAAACCGCUGCAGACAGUCUUAAGGACAUUAACAGUUGGAAUAUAACAUACGCUUGGACUAGAAUAAAGAUUGUGAAACAGGAAUGGUUCAAAUGUACUGCACCAGAAGAUGUUCUUCCUGAAGGAAGAUUUUGGUGUGAGUCAACAAAAGGAGACCUACUGGCUUUAUACUGGCUAAUACUUUCUGUAGCUACAGAUAUUCUGGAGCCACCGAUAAGUGAGGAGGCUAAACUUGUGUUGCAGAAUGCUGCCAUUGCAAAACAUCUCUCCCAAGCAUAAUACAACAUUACUUACAGACGCGGAAAAAAGACUGCUUGAACUGUUUAAUUUUUUCUAUCAAUAAAUGCAUUACAAAAUAUGCUGUGUUCUUUUAUUUGUAAAUUAUAUAUG